AUGCAGAUACAAUACUGCUAUGAGUCUGUAAACAGAUCCUGUGAAAAGAAUGGGUGGUCAAACAAUAUAAGGAUCCCUAUGUAUGUCUUCAUGGUCAGCACAAUACUGGCAACAGUGGCCGGCAACCUUGCCGUUAUCAUCUCUAUUGCCCACUUUAAACAGCUUCAUACUCCAACAAACUACCUAAUCCUCUCCAUGUCUACCGUAGACUUUCUGCUAGGAAGCUGUGUGAUGCCCUAUAGCAUGGUGAGAUCAGUGGAGAACUGCUGGUAUUUUGGAGAUCUCUUUUGCAAAAUCCAUACCAGUAUUGACAUUAUGCUCAGCACAUCAUCAAUUUUCCACCUCUCCUUCAUUUCUUUAGACAGAUACUUUGCUGUGUGUGAUCCUUUGAGGUAUAAGUCAAGAAUGAAUGUAUUUGCUGUUCUUCUGAUGAUUUUUACUAGUUGGGUGGUACCUGCUAUUUUUGCCUUUACAAUGGUAUUUCUGGAGUUGAAUAUUAAAGGCUCAGAAAGCUAUUAUUAUAAUCAGGUCAGUUGCUUUGGAGGAUGUGCAGUGUUUUUUAGCCAAACCUCGGGUCUUGUGGCCGCAAUGGUAUCAUUCUAUAUCCCUGGAUUUGUUAUGCUUUGUGUUUAUGGAAAAAUAUAUGUAAUAGCAAGGAGACAAGCAAGGUCAAUUAAAGAUUCAGCAAACCACAACCCAUUCCAGAUAACUCUUGGAGUAAACCAGCAUGUUUCCCGAAGCAGAGACAGGAAAGCAGCAAAGACUUUGGGUAUAAUUAUGGGUGUUUUUCUUAUUUGUUGGACCCCAUUCUUUUUUUGCACUGCUACUGAUGGAUUCCUUAACUAUUUCAUCCCACCAAUUGUCAUUGAUGCUUUUGUAUGGAUAGGAUAUUUGAAUUCUACUUUUAACCCAAUGGUUUAUGCUUUUUUCUAUUUGUGGUUCCAGAGAGCAUUAAGAAUGAUUCUUUUUGGUAAGGUGUUUCACCAGGACUCUUCGAGAACCAUUUUAUAUUCAGAGUGAUAUAUAAAGCAUAACUCCAGAUUAACAAUCACAAGGAAGAUGAUAACGACUCUCAAAUAACAGAAAAGUAAAAAAUAAAAUAUGCAGUAUAUAUAAAGAAAGUAUGCAUUGUACAAUAUGUGUGAAUAUUUCAAUUAUUUAAAAAAAACAUUUAUAUUUUUCUUUUAAGUACUUGGUAAUGUUAACCUCACCAACAUUUGGGUUUCCUUUUUAUUUUACGAAUUGUAUUUUUUGUCUAAAAAUUAGUUCUUAAUUUCUUUAGUGUAAAAACCAUAAAAAGCUCUAGUACAAAACCAAGUAAAAGUAGUUGAGGUUCCAUACUACUGGACUUUUUUUUUUAAAACCAUUCAGGCUUUGAGGUUUUCAAAUAUUUUUGCUCAUAUAUUUUGCUUGUAAUUGUUGUAGGUUUAGACAAUAUUCUUAUUUUUUUUCCAGGAUCGUUCAGCACUAUUUCCAUUCGUACUUUGUGUAUUCAGAUCUUUUAAUAACUUUCAUGGCAUUUGUGGUUUUAGAGAAAGAGAAAGUUUAAUUGUGAUUUCAAAGAGCUCUAAUACCACCAAUAUUUGACUUUUAAUAAAUGGGCAUUUUAAUGUUGUCAUCUAAGGAAUACUUUCAUUUAUAAUAAAGAAGGUAUGAUAGUCUAAUUUUUUUUCAACACUUGCUAUGGGUACGGGUAUGGGUUAUCCAGAAACCCUUACCCAGAAAGUUCCUAAUUACAGAAGGGACGUCUCCCAUAAAAAUAAUUUCC